GAUACUUACCAAGAUGGCAGCUGCCUUGGAGCAAUACGUGAAUAAUGUGAGAACUUUGUCUUCACAAGGCAACUUUUCUCAGCUUUGUGAGUUCAUCAGUAAAAGUGGAGACGUUUUAGGCAAGAAUGCAAGUCAUCUAGAUAACUUGCUGGGGGCACUGGACCUCCAGGAACACUCACUUGGAGUACUAGGAAUAUUAUGCAUCAAGUACAAUCUCCCAAAUAUACCUGACUUUGAGACGCUGUUUGUGCAGACACAGGAGUUUAUUAAUAUGUGUAAUGGAGAACAAGUGCGCUAUGCCACUGAUAGCUUUGCUGAACUAUGUCAUAGGUUUACUGAGAAUCUCGUGACAAGAAGACAGCCUAUUAGAGGUAUCUCUGUGUUGUGCAAAGCAGUAACCAAGAUCCAGCUCCAUUCCUCUCAAUUAACUUCAAUACAUGCUGACUUAUGCCAGCUUUGUCUACUAGCGAAAUGUUUUAAGCCAGCAUUGCAGUUUCUAGAUGCUGACAUAACAGAGAUCAGUAAAGAGGGAGGCCAGUAUGAUGCCCGCCAUUUCUUGCUUUACUAUUACUAUGGAGGAAUGAUCUACACUGGACUGAAGAACUAUGACAGAGCAUUAUAUUUCUUUGAAAUAGCUAUAACUACUCCCAGUAUGGCAGUCAGUCACAUUAUGUUGGAGUCCUAUAAAAAACACCUGCUAGUUGCUCUGAUACUUCAUGGAAAAGUACCCACCCUCCCUAAAUACACAUCUCAAGUGGUAUUGAGAUACAUAAAGCCCCUUUGCCAGGCUUAUCAUGAUGUAUGUACUGCAUAUGGAACUAACAAUCCAACAGAAUUAAGGGCAGCAGUGACCAAAAACCAGGAACAAUUUACAAGAGACAACAACAUGGGUUUAAUCAAGCAGUGUAUCACUUCCCUGUACAAGAAAAAUAUUCAAAGGCUUACCAAGACUUUCCUGACUCUGUCUCUGGCAGAUAUGGCCAACAGGGUGCAGCUUGCAACACCAAGGGAAGCAGAAAAAUAUGUUCUUCAUAUGAUUGAAGAUGGCGAAAUAUUUGCCACCAUAAAUCAGAAGGACGGAAUGGUUAGUUUCCUUGACAACCCAGAGAAGUACAACAGUGUGGACAUGCUAAUGCAGUUGGAUCAGGAGAUGCAGAAGUGCAUUGAUCUGGACAACAAGCUGAAGUCAAUGGACAGAGACAUUGCUGUCAAUCCACAGUAUGUGCAGAAGAGUGCCGGUCUUCACGAUGAGGAUAUGCAGCCAGCAUCAACUAGUAAAGGAACAGGAUAUUAAUCACUGAAGGAAGAACUCUCAAAGAUGAUAUGUGCAGUCCAGCUUUGAAGUUUAGGCUAGAACUGUGCUACCUCAGCAGGUUAUGUGAAACGGUUCAGACCAUAUUGAGCUUGUCUUGACCAUCUGUCAUUAUAUACUGAACCAAAAUAUAAAUGCACGAACAAAAAAAAAAAAAAAAAUGAUGUAAUUUUUUGUAAUUAUUUACAAUGUAUGACCAGUAAUACAGUACAUAUUCCUUCACAAUGGAGCUUUAAUUUAUAGGUUUUACAAUCGAUUCCAAAUCAAUAAUCCUAGAGCAAUGGCAUCAAGAGCACAGAAGGGUUCGAUGGUCUGUGUUCACAGAAGUCUGUAAACAGUGUGUGUCCCCUAACUGGGUGGAAACACUCAAACUGGGCAUAUACUCACUGGGAGUGGCCAAAUGAACCUGAACCAGUUGACUGGAGCAAAACAAACCAAUCAAUACACAAGUAAUACUGUAAAUUUGAGCACAUUUCAUUUAAGUUAGUACUUUUUCACUCCAUAGUUUGGGUUCAUGUGUCAAUAUUUUGGUUCAGUUUAAUUGAGCCUAAACAUUUACUGUCUAGGUCUGGUUAGAAAUCACUGACUCUGAGAUAAUGUAGCAAUGAGUUGAGCUGUUACAGCUAGUUGAACUGUAAAUGUUUCCGGAGAUGCUCCCUUCAAUGAUGCAGAAUCAUUGUGACUGCUGAAGGAAUAGAAGAAUCCACGCACAGCACCUGGCAUUGUGUUAUAACCUGCGUGCAGUAUGGAUGAAUACUUGGAUGAAUUUCAGGAUACCAAACCAAAUCUCUUUUAAGCUGUCCAUAUUUGCACAUUUCCUGGUUUUGUUGGAUUAUGUUGGCAUAUUAAUCAUAGGGAAUUGUGACAUAUGCUUCACUUUAUUCUGAAAAUAUUCUUUAGUUUUUCGCGAAAGAUGCUGAACUCAAAACAUGGAUAAUAAAUAAAUCUUUUAUAAUUGCAUGUAAAGAAUUUGUAACACGAAGACUUCCAUGUUAUUCUACAUGCGUACUCCGAUUUCAAUGUUUUGGAUUGUUUUAUGAGAAUGAUUUUCUUGGAUUGACCUGAAUAUUUUCAGUAUAAUCUUCACUCGUUUUAAACUAUUCUUGGGACAGGUUAAGCCAUCAAAUAUACAAAUUGAAAAAACAAACAGUACUUACUUUAUAAGAAUACACCUAUACAUGUAUGAGCUUAACAGGUAUUUUUCUUAUUCAACCUGAAUUUGUCACCAUAACAUUCAAAUCAGAUGUUUUUCAAUAUUCUACAAAUGGCUUUAAAAGCAAUUUGAAGGCACCAGAGGACUGGAGUAAUCAAACAUCAAAAAUUGCUAUUGAUUAUCUUGUACCCUGCUGUGCAAUUUUCCAUUACAGCUGUCAAUUUUUUCAAUCAUUUACAAGGUGAAUUGUGGGUAUCAUAUGUCCUCUUCAGCUGAGAUAUUGAUUUCUGAUUAAAAGCAGUGUUAACUGUUAAUUAAGUAUCAGUUUUUUAAACAAAUCUGAUGUAUCAGGAAGUUAAUUGGAAGGUUAGGCUACAAAGUAGCUUCAAAUAUUGGUCUUACAUUUUAUAAGCCUGGUUGCAUGCACAACAACAACAAAAAAUCUCAUCCAUCUUACAGUCUGUAUCUAGGUAAUUGAUAACUUGAUAAUCAUUGAUAUUACAAAGACCACGUUAGAUUUUGACAAAAACAAAUAACUAGUCUUAAACAUAUUUUCUGAUUAGGUUAACUAAUGACCUAUAAACCUCAGUGGUUAAACACUUCCCAGGAUUCAUUUCCCACUUUAAAAUAUCAGGUUCAAGUUUACACAUCCUCAGUUGGUCUCAAAGUAAGCUUUAUUGAAUUCACCAAGAAAAAUUGUUCAUUGCAGCUCUCUGAACACUGGCAAUAAGGACUAAAUGACUUGACAAAUUAUUGGAAAGUGAGCCAAGCAGUGAGCACUUUUGCAGGGUUAAUUUCAACCCAGCCCGGCUAUUGAAUCAUUUAAGAACUUAUUAAAGACUGAAGCUGUGUAAAGUCCCAGAAAAACAUCAACUUGUAGGUGGAGUGGGGGUGGAGCGUACGAACUGCAAGGUGUUUGGUUUAGAACAGACUUCCCUCUUGGCCAGAAAAGGUCAGAUCUGAAUGAAAGUUCUUUGC